AUGAGCAAAGGAGAUUAUUUCUUGGUGGUGCAAACCAUCGAAACUGGUAAGCCAGUAUUAACGGUAGUGCCACAUAAAUGGGUUUGCGGAAAUACUCUUUUGUGGCCCAACAAGCAAGCAAACGAGCUCCGUAAAAAUGCAGCAUCAACACCAUCGCCUUCGUGGAUAAAAAUGUCUUGCUCGAUCAAGCGUAAAUUUAUCCCUACAUUCUCUGAGGCUGAGCAAGAGGCUGACGAUCUUUCUGGCCAAUCUACGGAUGCAUCGGACUUUGUUGUCAAGCGCAGAAAAACUGCCAAAACAGCCUCGAUUAAAAAACCGCUUGAUCUGAAUCAUAUGAUAAAUGACAAUCAAGUAUUGGAGCAAGCAACACAGUCUGUCGCACAGAAACAUCCUUCGAAUGUUGUGUCCACUGAUCCGCGUGUAUCCGUUGUCGCCCAGCCAGUCGAACAGAUUUACUGUCAUCCGGAUAUGAAUAAUUUGCUGGAAAAAACUCAAGGACCUGGGCUGAUUUCCCAAUCUGCACCUAUAACAGAUGCGUCCAACACAUUAGUGGCGCCGAUGGAUACAAUGGUGACGGAAGGAUACGUUGUAAACAUUCAGCAGCCCGAUGCAGACAGAAUCAUCAGAGAAGUUUCGGAUAAGAUCGAACAGGUCUGUACAAGAGUGGCUACAGAGGCGACUAACUCAGUACUUGGCUCAAUCCAAGUAAUGUUGGCUAAAACAUCAAUGUUGGAGAUGAAAAUAGAUGCUGUUUCUCGCAGUAAUACAUGUUUGCAUGAUCAAGAGCCAUCGUCGUCUUUCCAGUUUUCUCCAGUGACAACUAUUGAAGGGCUGGACAAUCUGGAAGAAAAUCUGGAAAAUGAUGUGUACGCCAAACAGUUGUUUGCAUACAUGAAAAGGAUAAUUGGACAUAGUGGCGAUGAUUGUAAUGGACUCAAUAUUGCUUAUGGUCUGGUUGAUCACAUCUUCGACAGGAAGUUAAUGCUUGUCUGUUCUUGGACUGGAGAAAGUAAAGGAGAAACCACUAAAGAGUAA